AUGAACAUUAAUUCAAAAUAUCAACAAAAUGGGCCAGUCUCUGGCCAGUCGGGGUUACAAGCGCAACAGAUCUUGCUUCAACAACUACAACAAGGCCAAUCACAGCAACUGCACCCGCCAAGCAAUCCGAUCGCUGGUCAAUUCAAUCAACAGUCAGAUGGCUUUGGUGAAGGGAUAAGUCAACAAGGGAUGUACCAAAAUAAUUAUCAGCGCCCUCAGCAUUUACAGCAACAAUUUUUUCCGCAACAAUUUCUGCAACAACAGGGCCUGCAAAACCAAACAAGCUCUCUUCAAAUGCCAUAUCUGCAACCUCAGGUUCAACAACAAUUUCAGCAGCAACAGCAAGUACCUCAGCCGCCACAUUUACAGCAACAGCAACAGCAACAGCAACAACAACAACAACAACAACAACAGUUCUUUGCGCAACCACAAUCGAAUGUGAUUCUGCAACCUCAUCAACAAAAGGCAACUGCAAUAAAUAUAGAUAAUAUUAACUCAAUUUAUUGGCAACAUCAGAUGCAAUUAUGCCAGCUAUCUAGGAGUGCAAAUAUUCCUCAUUAUUAUGCGAGACAGUAUGCUUCAAAUUCCAGAAAAACGAAAUCCACCUACAAUGAUAUGAAGAUGGUUAGUUUGAUAAGUGCGACAAAAGCAGCAAUGGCUAGCUUGGAAGAGCACGAAAAGUCUUUGAGGGAAGCAACUACAACCCCAGGUAAUAAUUCUGCCUUGUUACACAACAAAAAGUUAGCCCUUGAUGAAGAUAGUGAAGAACAAAGAAUGAGACAAAAGACUCACGGAAAGCAAUUAUGGUGCCAAUUAGACAUGAGUGGUCAAGGCUUGGUUAAUUUGUCACCCAAGCUUUUCCAAUAUGACUUUCUUGAGUCUUUAUAUAUAAAUAAUAACAAGUUGACGUCAGUGCCACCUAUUAUAAGUCAAUUGAGAGGCUUACGAACUUUAGAUUUGUCUCACAACAGACUUACAGAAGUUCCAGGUGAAUUAGGGCUCUGUUUCAAUUUGAGGUAUCUUUACUUGUUUGACAACGAGAUAAGAACUUUACCGAACGAAUUUGGCAACUUAUUUGAAUUACUAUUUUUAGGAAUUGAAGGAAAUCCUUUAGAUUUGAAUCUUGCUAAUAUUCUCGCUGACAAAGGUACCAAAGAACUUAUUGCCUACUUGAGAGAUUCGAGACCAUCAUUGGAAGAACCAAGCCCCAGGCCGUGGUUGGUUUUAGACGAUGAUAUUGAAGUCGCAACAUCAAUGCCUCCCUCCACGGAUGAUUCGUUUACCAUGAUGUCUUACAAUACAUUAUGUCAACAUUACGCUACGACUACCUUAUACAAGUUCACUCCCUCCUGGGCUCUCGAUUGGGAAUAUAGGAGAAACGAAUUACAGAAGGAGAUCUUGAACUAUGGUAGUGAUAUAUUAUGUAUGCAAGAAGUUGAAACGAGAACCUUUUUCGAGUUUUGGACUCCGAUCUUAUCAGAACAUGGCUAUAAGGGGGUAUUUUUUGCUAAAACAAGAUCUAGAACAAUGGGCGAAAAAGAUGCAAAGAAGGUAGAUGGAUGUGCAACAUUCUACAAAACUGACAAAUUCACGUUACUUCAAAAACAAACUUUUGAAUAUAAUAGUGUUUGCAUGGGAUCAGACAAGUAUAAGAAGACUAAAGAUUUGUUCAAUAGGUUCAUGAACAAGGACAAUGUCGCUUUGAUAACAUUCUUGCAGCAUAUAAAAACAGGAGAAAAGCUUGUUAUUACCAAUACCCACUUGCAUUGGGAUCCCGCAUUUAAUGAUGUCAAGGCUUUGCAGGUAGGUAUUUUGCUAGAGGAACUUCAAGGAAUUUGCAAAAAGUUUUACCACUAUAGUAAUAUGGAGGAAAUCAAAAACUCCUCUAUUAUUAUUUGUGGUGACUUCAACUCCGUUAAAGACAGUGCAGUCUAUCAACUUUUUUCCACAGGUCUGGCAUCUAAGCAUGAUGACUUGGAAGGAAGAGAUUAUGGUAGAUUUACUGAUGAAGGCUUCCAUCAACCAUUCAAAUUGAAGUCUGCCUAUGAAAAUAUUGGUGAAUUGCCUUUUACUAACCUCUCACCCGCGUUCACUGAUGUCAUAGACUACAUGUGGUAUUCCACCUCUACAUUGGAGGUAAAGGGUUUGCUCGGUAAAAUCGAUGAAAAUUACGCUAAGCACUGUGUGGGUUUUCCAAAUGCUCAUUUCCCAUCAGAUCACAUCCCUCUCCUCGCAAAGUUUUAUCUUAAAGGAGCUAAGAAGCCGGACUUGAAGCCAGAUUUCAAGCCAGAUUUUAAGUCGGGCUCUUCGAGAAAGACUUGA